AUUAUAAACAUAUGUGUACAGUGAAGAAGAUACUCCCCAAACUGUCCGCCCCCUAAGUAUGCAAUAGUUACAGUCACGGGAUUGAGGGCAGAAGGAGACAGAAAUGGCUCAGACCGACAGGCAGAGUUCAUCUUUCCCCGAGCUGGUGGAGCUGAACGUGGGCGGCCAGGUGUUCGUGACCCGGCUGCAGACGCUCACCGCCGUGCCGGACUCCCUGCUGGGCACCGAGUUCACCAAACACUCCCCCGCAGACAUCCCCAGGGACGGCAAGGGCCGCUUCUUCUUCGACCGCGACGGCCAGCUCUUCCGAUACAUCCUGGACUACUUGCGGGACUCGCAGCUGUUCCUGCCGGAGUUUUUCCGGGAGAGGAAGCGGCUGCAGAGGGAGGCGGACUUCUUCAGGCUGCCGGGGCUGUCCAGGCUGCUGGCGGCGGCCGACCUGCCCGGCCGGCCCGGCGGGGAGACGGAGGACGGCGGGGAGCCGGAGCAGGCUGAGCCCGCCAGCCCGUGCAGAGCGGCGCGCUCCCCGGCGGGCGGCGCCGGGUACAUCACCGUGGGCUACCGGGGCAGCUACACCAUCGGCAGGGACAUCCAGGGGGACGCCAAGUUCCGCAGGGUGGCCAGAAUCACCGUCUGCAGCAAGAUCUCCCUGGCCAAAGAGGUGUUUGGGGACACCUUGAACGAGAGCCGCGACCCCGACCGGCCACCUGACAAAUACACGUCCAGGUAUUACCUGAAGUUUAACUUUCUGGAGCAGGCUUUCGACCGGCUGGCGGACGCUGGUUUCCACAUGGUGGCCUGCAACUCCACCGGGACCUGCGGGAACGACGCCGGGGACGACAAGCUGUGGACCAGCUACACCGAGUACAUCUUCAGCAGAUGAACUGGGAGUCUUUUGGCUUGCAGGGGGGAAAGUUUUUGAUCACAAGCUUUUUUCCAAGCAACACUGGGAUAAAACUUCACUAUUGUUAGGGUGCAUUGAUUAACACUCAUAACUGUCUCAAGCUGCGCCUAGAUUCAGUUUCUGCUGUGCUCAAUGGAGUUGGACUUCACUGUCACCAACCCCCCCUCCUGCUUUGUAAGGGACUUCAAACUUCAACAUCAGUCUAAUUUCUAGAGGCAAAGACAUUAUGACUCCUCGGGUAAUGCCACUGAGAGCCAUUGUGAGUUAUUUUUAUGGCCCACUGGCUUCAGAACAUUUAUGACUUUCAAAGAGACUGUUGUGUUCCUAAGUAAAUGACACAAAUGGCUCCCUGGGGUAGUAGUAAUGUUAGGAGCUUCUGUCCUCCGAUCCUUUGUAAACACCGCUUGACUUUCUAUUUCGCUUUAGAAAAUAUUAAUUUGGAUGUGUGCUUUAGUCUGGUUUGAUUUUUACUUACAACCCCUGCUCUACAGUGGGGUUUUCUCCUGUAAGUGUUCGAUUUUGAGUAACAUUACAGACGCUUCUAGGUAUGCUUCUUAUUUGAUUUUUUUGGUUCAAAUUGAUUCUAUUGACUGGACACUGCUUUUAAUACAGCAUUUUUUUAUAUGCUUGUAGAUGUGCUAUAAGCUGCCCUGCAUAUUCUCUAAUUUGAUAUACAGCAAAUAAAGUAUGAUAUUGUGA